AACAUGAAGCCUACAAAUCACACAGAUGUUUCAGAAUUCCUCCUCCUGGGACUGACAGAGGAUCCAGAGCUUCAUCCUGUCCUCUUCGGGCUGUUUCUGUCCACGUACAUGGUCACCAUCCUGGGAAACCUGCUCAUCAUCCUGGCCGUCGGCUCUGACCCCCACCUCCACACCCCCAUGUACUUCUUCCUGUCCCACCUGUCCUUUACCGACAUCUGUAUAAGCACAACCACCAUCCCUAAGAUGCUGGUGAACAUCAAAAUACACAAUCAGCACAUCAGCUACACAGGAUGCCUUUUCCAGAUGGGCUUAGUCAUUGGUUUUGGUGUAUUUGAAAGUUGUCUCCUUGCAGCAAUGGCCUAUGACCAUUACGUGGCCAUCUGUCACCCCCUGAUGUACACGGUCAUCAUGAACCCCCAGCUCUGUGUUCUGCUCAUUCUGCUCUCUCUGCUCAUUGGCAUGGGGAAUGCACUGCUCCACAGUCUGAUGGUGCUGAGGCUGUCCUUCUGCAGGGACCUGGAAGUCCCCCACUUCUUCUGUGAUCUUGCUCAGGUCAUCAAGCUGGCCUGCUCUGAUACCCUCAUCAAUAAUAUCCUGAUAUAUUUUGUGGCUUCCCUCUUUGGGUGUGUUCCUGUAUCCGGGGUCAUUUUCUCUUAUACUCAAAUUCUCUCUUCUAUUUUGAGAAUGCCCUCAGUGGAGGGAAAGUGUAAAGCCUUUUCCACCUGUGGAUCUCACUUGUCAGUUGUCUCCUUGUUCUAUGGGACAGCUUUGGGGGUGUACAUUAGUUCUGCAGUUACUGACUCUUCCAGGAAAACUGCAGUAGCUUCAGUGAUGUACAUCGCGGUUCCUCAAAUGAUAAAUCCGUUCAUCUACAGCCUGAGGAAUAGGGACAUGAAAAGCACCUUUAAAAAAAUAAUUAAUAUGAAACCUCCAUCUUUAAUGAUGUCACCUGCUUUGAACUUGUUUUUAUUGAAUGCAUCAAGAGGAUCCAGAACUCAGCCCUUCGUCUACAGCCUGUUCCUGUCCAUGUACCCGGUCAGCGUCCUGGGGAACCUGCUCAUCAUCCUGGCCAUCGGCUCUGACCCCCACGUCCACACCCCCAUGUACCUCUUCCUCUCCCACCUGUCCUUUAACGACAUCUGUUUAAACACAACCAUGAUCCCAAAGAUGCUGUUGAACAUCCAAGCACAGAAUCAGCAUCACGUAUACAGGCUGUCUCACCCAGGCUGGCUUUUCAUGGUCUUGGUAGUUUUUGAAAAUUGUCACCUUGCAGCAAUGGCCUAUGACCGCUAUGUGGCCAUCCGUCACCCACUGAUGUACACGGUCAUCAUGACCCCCCGGCUCUGCACCCUGCUGAUUCUGCUCUCUCUGCUCCUUAGCAUUGGGGUUACCCUGCUCCACAAUCUGAUGGUGCUGUGUCUGUCCUCCUGUACAAACUGGAAAGUCCCGUGCUCCUUCUGUGAACUUGCUCAGGUCAUCAACUUGGCCUGUUCUGAUACCUGCAUCAAUAAUAUCCUGAUAUAUUUUGUGACUUCCCUCUUUGGGGGUGUUCCUGUCUCUGGGAUAAUUUUGUUUUACUCAAAUUGUCUCCUCUGUUUAGAGAAUGCUCUCAGCGGAGCGAAAGCGUAA